AUGGAAGCCUCCCGCCAACCCCCCUCGCACCCACCCGCCAAUCCCCCCAGCGUGGAGAUAGCCUACAAGCGCAAAUGCAUCUCACUAAAGAAACGACUCGCGGAAGUCGAAGCUGAAAACGAAAUAAUGCGCACCCGCAACCGCCGCGGCAACCAAUACAUCCAAAAAAUGCGCCUGGAAACCUGCAUGCUCCUCGAGCGUCUCGCCAAAGUAACCGGCAUGGCCGACGAAGCCAAAGCCGGCGCAAACCCCGAGCUCCGGGCCCGCGCCGCCGCCAUGAUGAACACCGCCAGUGCACCGGGUGCCGCCCUGCUCGAGGACGACACGGAGGGUAGCUCCGAUGAACAGCCGCGGACGCCCGAGGAACGCCCGCUGCGCGUUAAACGAUCGCGAAAAUCUAAUGCCGCGGGUCUCGAUGGUCUGGAUGAGGAUCACGCUCAUGAUGCUCAUCCCGAGACUGAUUCUGCUACUGCUGCUGCUGCUCUGCCGCGUCUGGCGCCGGCUCCGACGCAGGAGUCGCUUACGCACUCUUUCCGUGUGCAGACUGGUAGUGGUGGUUCGGCAGAUCAGACCCCUGUGGCUGCUGAGACGGUGCCUGAAUCUGGGACUACGCCGAUGGAUGUGGAUAAGGAGGUGACGAAGGAGGCUAAGGUUGAGCAGGCUUAA